AUGGCGUCUCAUCCAUCCACACCUCAGGACCAAUUGCGGCGCCGAGGCCCGCGCACACGAGGAGCGCGAUGCAGUCAUUCGUCUCGGCUCGAUGUGCCCCUACUCGACAUGGGCUCAACCAUGACCGCGCAGCUGGCGCACGAACGCAACGGUCUACUGCUCUCGCACGCCCACUCCUCCGAUCAUAGCGACCGCUCUCGCAUCCUGAACGCACUGCGUCGCGACAGUGUCGAUCUGUCCAAGGCGCAAUCGCACGGCCACUGCAACCAGCUCACCGCCAAGCUCGCCGAAUGCCUCGUCCACCACGUCCUCUUUGCAAAGGGUCAGCUUCCCGAACCAGUCAGUCUGCUCCGUAAACGACGCCAGAUCGAUGCUGCCGAGUCUCGACCCUCGACACGCAAGCGGUCGCGCUCCAGCUCCGCCAGGCAACGGAAGGAAUCCAAGCUGCUCGCUAGACUCGACCAGCUCAGGCUCCACCUCGAACAGGCUGCCCAGCAGCUCGCCGCUUUUGUCGCGACCAACGGCGAGGGGCCUUCGCGCCAUCCCUUCCCUGGCGCGCUCGGAGCUGUGUCGCCCAACGACCUGCGGCUGCUCGUCGUCAUCGGCGCAAGUGCCGCAAUGCCGCGCGAGGUGUUUGUGCUCGAUCUGAUUCAGGCCAUCGGCAGGUGCACCUCUGCCCACGACGCCGCUCAGCAUCUUCUCAAUAGCUGCGACGACCCGGACGACCAAGAGCACGAGAAUGUCCAUGGCGAUGACGACAGCGAUGCAUGCCUCGCAAACCUCGGUUCCGACGCUUCCGAGCAGCGGCGCAGCAUGGCGAGGGACAAGACGAGCACCAACUGGGAGCGCAAGCUCGUGCGUCUGCUCGUGAGCGACGAGCGGCUGGAGGACUUCAUGGCGUCGCCGCUAGCUCCGACGCGCGUCCACCUCUUCCUCAGCGCGCCCGCCUCGUUUCGCUGCGCCGGUUGGUCCGCACGCAACCACCUCGACUUUGAUCUCGACGCGCUCUGCGAACCCACGAGCGACUCGGAGACCAGGUGGCACAAGUCGGCGUGUGGAUCGUCGUCGUCGGUGGCCGACUCGGCGCUGGACGACAGUGCAUCCGAGCACGUGGGCGAAUCGAGCAUGAGCUCCAUCUCGCAAGACAGCAGCCGGCCUCCGUCGGCAGCGGACAAGCAGUUUGGCGUGGGCAGCUCGCCUACUGAAUGGCUGCCCACAUGCAGCAGUCCACUGGCCGCCACUGAUGACGCUCAGAGUCUUGACGUCAGCCGCACGGGCUCAUCGCUCGGAUCCUCCACCGUGUACGGCCACGUCGAUCCGUCGGUCGAGGCAUCUGAGCCUCGACGUCGUUCACGCGAGCCGAGGGCAGGUAGCCUGUUGAGCCGCAACCUCAUCCGUGCACGCACGCGGCAUGCUUCGCUGGCAGCAUCCGACUCGAGCUCUGUGCGCUCGCUGCCCGUGUCGCUCAAGCGGGCGCCGCGAUGUGCAGGUGUCCAGAUCGACUUUGCCGACCCAGCCGUCGACGCUACGUCUGCCCCUGCCCCCAGUCCGGCGGUGUCGACGCUCGAACGUCGGUGCUGGUUCCAGUGCGAUGCUGUGCUCGAAGGCUUUCGCUAG